AGUAAGACAAUGCGCCUCAAGAACGCCUGGCGGGAAUAUAUUACUUCGUGACAGUCACUGAUAAUUGAUCAGGCGUCGUGUUAAGGACAAUCUUGGAAUACCUGACGGCGACCACGUCCCCGCUGCUCAAUUACUACUCGUUCGACAACACUGGAUUCCUCUCACCUUUUGACCAUAAUGAUUCCACUUCUUGCUUCUGUUCUUCUUGUCUACCUUGCUACAGUUCGCUACCUUAGGUACCGGCGUCUGCAUGCUGUGCAAGCCAGGAUCCGUGCCAGCGCUAAGGAACCUAGUCCUUCUGAAGCUCAGUCUGCUUUGCAGGGAGCAUUGUUGUAUGACAUGCCCUUCUUUACGCGCCUCGGGGCUCAAGUUGCACUCCUCAAGACAUAUGGGAUCCCUUCCAUCUCCGCUCUGCUUUUGAAAACUGGGGAGUUUUCCACAGAAGGAAAACUCACGAAGAGGGUUACUGAUACUGCUUUGCUCAUCUCCACUUUCAUCUCUUGUCCCUUGGAGCAUUCGCCAACGACAACGAAAUCUACGCCAUGUCUCGGGCCGAGAGGCAAUAUUGCGCUUGCCCGAGUGAAUUGGCUGCAUAGACGCUACAACAUCUCAAAUGACGAUAUGUUGUAUACACUGGCUCUCUUUAUUUUGGAGCCCAUGCGUCUAGUAGCACGCUUCGAUUGGCGUCCGUACAGCCCGGAGGAAGCAAACUGUAACUUCCUCAUGUGGAAGGAUAUCGGUCGGCGCAUGGACAUCAAAGGGAUCCCUGAGACUCUCGGUGAAUUAGAGGAAUGGAGCAGACAAUAUGAAAGCACCCAUAUGGUCCCGUCAGAGAGUAGUCAUCAGCUCGCCAACAUGGCACUGGAAUACAUGAGCACCCGAGUGCCAAAUAUACCUGGUGCAAGAUCGUUGGUCAAAGACGUGUUUCUAUGCCUUUUGGAUGAUCAGCUUCGAAAUGCCAUGAUGCUCCCUUCACCGUCUAAAUAUGCACAGACCUUCGUCAAGACAGUUCUGGCGGUUCGAGCCUUUAUCGUCAGAAACUUCAUGCUUCCUCGAUUCAAACCUCAGGGAUACAUCGUUGUCGAGAAUCCUCCAUAUAGCAUAGACUCUGAUGGUCUCAUGCGUCUUCAUGCGAUUGUCCGAAGGCACUAUCCAUGGUAUUAUCCUAUCCCAACGGGUUGGCGUCAUGCUUUUGAUCGGCUGCUUGGCCUUACCAAAGGCGAUCUUUAUCCCGGAGCCAUGUUCCAGUCGGGGGGUUAUCGCUUGGAGGAACUGGGGCCCAUUCGGUUUGAGCAACAUGGACACAAAGAAGUGAUGAAGGAAGCCGAAAAACUGUAUGGAGCACCGGUCGAGAAACCUUGGGCCCGUUGAUUCUCGCAUUCUUUCAGGGCCUCCUAGAACUGUUAAAACUCUUUACGGAAAGGCUUUGGCUCUUCAUCACUGCUACCUCUUCUCUGUGUACCACAAGAAAUGUUCUUGACCUUAUCUCUUUUCUAUGCUUUCGUGCUUCUUAUUAUCCUGUAUCCCAACCGUUCAGUCAGGGUGUCAGCUCGAAAUGAUAUCCCUGGCCCAAGCGGUCUUC